AUCGUUAGCGGUGAUUUAUAAUAUACGUGGCUUUUUUGCAAAGAGAAUAAAAUGGAUAUUCGUAUAUUUAUUUUGUUUCUUUCCAAUCAGGUAAUUUUUAUUACAAGCAAGAUCAUCAAUCAAAAUGUUGAACGUUCGAUAGACUUAACAACACAAGUCGUAAGAGAAACUGUAAAAAUUACUGCUGAAGAUACUGAAGGUAUUCCUUUCAAUGCCUACAAUGUCGUUUUUAACGAAGAUUUGGCUCAACAUGUAUCCUUUGUAUCUGCAAAGCACACAUCUAAGAAAUUGACAAUGCGAAAAGUGUCGGCUGGAAGCACGAACGUUAUAAUGUUCCCCGAAGCAGCUCCAUCUCAUGUUUUUUAUAUUGAAGUCAUUUAUACAAGUCAGAUACAACCAUAUCCAGAAGAAAUAAAACAAGCUGAUAAACAAUUUGUGAGAUACACAGGUCCAAUGUAUUUUUAUUCCGCAUACAAAACACGUUUUCAGAAAACUCAAGUAAAAUUGGCAACAUCGAACAUCAUUUCUUAUACUCAGAUCAAACCUUACGCUGUUUCGUCAAAUAAAAUCAAAUACGGCCCAUUUGAAGAUAUUUCUGGUCAUUCUAAAGAGCUUAUGACUGUGCAUUAUGAAAAUCAAACACCAUUUAUGUCUGUAAAUCGAUUAGAGAGAACAAUACAAGUAUCUCACUGGGGAAAUAUCGCUGUCGAAGAAAGUAUACACUUGCUCCAUACCGGAGCAAAAUUGAAAGGAUCAUUCUCAAGAUAUGAAUUUCAGAAAGAUGGCCGUUCUGGCCAGGCAUCUAUUAAAUCAUACAAAACUGUUUUGCCUGCUUCAGCGUUUGGAGUUUAUUAUAGAGACACCAAUGGCAAUAUAUCCACUUCGAAUAUGAAUGUAUUGAAAGAAUCUGUAGAACUUGAGUUACGGCCUAGAUUUCCUCUUUUUGGCGGAUGGAAAACUCAAUAUAUUUUGGGUUAUAACUUACCAUCCUUUGAAUAUUUGUUCAACAGUGACGAUGACUACGUUCUUAGAAUGAGGGUAAUAGACCAUAUUUUUGAUGACAUGGUUGUUGAUGAAGCUGUUGUGAAAAUUAUUUUGCCAGAGGGAUGUGCAAGCAUACAAUUGAUACCGCCCUAUUCUAUUAGAAGAGAAGCGGAUGCUAUGUCCUACACUUACUUGGAUACCUUCGGUAGACCAACAAUAGUGUUCUCAAAAAAUAAUAUGGUUGAAAAUCAUAUGUCGGAUUUUGAACUAAAAUAUAAAUUUCCCAAAAUUUUACUUCUUCAAGAACCUAUUCUUAUAAUAACUUUUAUUUUUAUGAUUUUCUUGUUCACAGUGAUUUUCAAACGUCUAGACUUUUCUAUAGCCGUUCAUCUUCAUAAAGAAUAAUAUAAAUAUGUUUAGUUCUAAUAAAUCGAUCUCAAUCGGUGAUCUUACUUUCAAAAUGCGCGACAUUACGUACUUUGUGUGUGUAAUACACAAAUACGGAAAGUA